CAGACUGGGAUCUGAUCAGAGUGCCAAGCAAGACCAGAGCUGCUAUAGUGCCCAAAAGCACCAUGAGCUGGAUAUCCAGGGUGGCGCUGAUUCUGCUGUUUUCUGGAGAGACCAGGGGCCACAGCACCUUGUUUACAGGAUAUGAUCUUUCUUUAACUGGCUAUCAUCUGUGCCCCCAAACCGUGACAAAGACUGUAUCCAAGGUGGUGGCCCAUCAGACCACCCACACCGAGAGGUCGUCCUGCGGGGGCUGGCUACCUUGGAAGAACUGUCUGAAGACUCACUAUAAAACAGCAUACCGCAUCGUGGAGACCAAGAUCAUCAAGCACAGCCCUGGCUGCUGCGAUGGGUACGAGCAGGUCGGCAGCUACUGCGCUCUGCCUUUAAACAGAGCAGAGGAGUUCACCUCUAAACCAGGCACCUGCCCUGAACACAAAAUAGCAGUGAACAACCAGAGCUGUGAAUGGGACAUACACUGUCCGGGGCUGCAGAAAUGCUGCAGGGUCAAUGGGACGGCCCUGUGUGUGUCUCCAGUCUGCGCAGUUGCAGAGGGCCGUUGGUUUUACAACGCGACGGUUACAGUGAAGAUGGAUUUUGCAGAACUUAAUUCUCUGGACAAAGGGCUGCUGAAUCACAGCAGGCUUCUGCACUCUGUGAUCACUGGUGCGCUGGGUUCUCUGGACUCCUCAGUGUAUUAUAUUCAAUCCUACCGUGCGGGAAACUUCAAGACAGCUUCCCAGCUCCUCAUUAGAACGAGCAGCCGAGUCUCACAGGAAAACAUCUCUUCUGAACUGGAGCUCAUUGUGAGGAACAUUGAGGAGGUCUGCCACGUGGAGGUUCAAGGUGAGUGGGCAGUUUCAUCUUCUUUCAUCAGUACAAAUAGAAACAUCUCUUCUGAACUGGAGCUCAUUGUGAGGAACAUUGAGGAGGUCUGCCACGUGGAAGUUCAAGAUGUGGACGGAUGCUCGCUUUGCUUCAGCGCGGAGGGAUCCUAUGAUUGUGCGUGCGGUCCUGGAUUUAUUAAUACGACCCUUGACAGAAAUGGCAGAGGGUGCACAGCUGAUCUGAAUACAGGGACUGUGAGUUCAAACAGCAGCACACUGCAGGAGAAUACCACUGCUCCGUCUUCAUGGACACAAAGAAAUGCCACAGGACUUCCAGAUUUCACCGCGGUGACAGAAAGCAGCACCACGGACGAGGCUCGGAACAGCAACGCCACGCAUCCGCCUCCCACCAGAGCCGUGGAACCGUUCAGCAACACGACAGCGGUGCCACCGGCCACUUCAACCAUCCCGACCCAGAGGCAAAGCAGCGUGGCAGCUGAUCUUACUGCCACUGCUGCCACUUCACAGCUGAACAGCACAGUCUACACUCACAGCAUUGCAGAGGAGGGGAUCACAAGCGCACAGCAACCCGUUAGCUGCGCACUAGGUGGCGCUCUUUGCAGUGCGUUAUCAACCAUCAGCACCACCCCUGGAGACUGGAUGCUAAAUUCUACAGCUACUCCCAACCCCACAGUUGCAACCAGCCCCCACCUGAUGCAAUCCACAGCCACUGGUUUUGACUCUACGAAUUCCACAUUUUUAAAUGUUACUAAAGUUUCCACGGAUUCCCCUCAUUCAAACCCAUCCUGGACAACGACUGCUCUCCCAGCCACGACCAGCAGCCCGGAUCUCUCCAUGUGGUCCUCUGCCAUUCCUCUCCCGCUGGCAACGACCGCUGCUUGCUAUCCUUCUCCAGUGAAAAACCUGGUGGUUGUCAACGUCACCAGUUUGGGUUUCUAUGUCAGCUGGUCGGUGGAUGAUUCCCCGUUUAAUCCCAGCUUCGAGGUGAAGUUGCUGCAGGGCGCAGUGCAGCUGGAAUCAGCUGAGACCAGGGAGCCGGGCUGGGCAGUGGCAGGGCUGGAGGCGGGGCAGCUGUACACUGUGUGGGUUACAGUCAAACUCUGUGGAAGCGAAAGUGUGGCCAAACAGGAGGUCAGAACCGCUGCUGAAGUGCUGGAAGGAACAGCAAGGAUAACAAACCUGCAGUUUAAUGAGGCCUUGAGCAACAGCAGCAGUGAGGAGUACCUGAAUCUUACACAGGAGUUCCAGAUGGAGAUCCGGAAAUCCUUGCCCGAGGACACCCUCGCCCUGCUGAGCUCUGGAGAGGUGAGGCUUGUGAUCACCAGUGUGAGCAGCGGCAGUGUGAAGGUGCACUUCCUGCUCGUGUUCACUGCAGCCCUGCAUGACAGGAUCGAGUCCUUGUCCUCGGCUCUGCUCACAUCGCUGCAGAACAGCUCCAGUUACGUUGUCGACAGCAGCAGCACAAGCAUAGUGGAUUUUGAUGAGUGCUCCGCUGGGGAGGAUGACUGCUCUCCUCACGCCUCCUGUGUCAACACAUGGGGAUCGUACAUUUGCUGCUGCAGAGACACCUUCAGAGACAUAAACCCAUCGCGACCGGGGCGGAGCUGCCACGAUAUAGAUGAAUGUGAAAGUGGCAACACCACCUGCCACAUGAACGCAGCAUGCCAGAACACGAUUGGAGGAUACAGCUGCUCAUGUCACAAUGGGUUCAGUGACACAGACCCCAGGAACCCAGGCAGGCACUGUGCAGACAUAAACGAAUGUGCAUCUGAUAACAACACCUGCCAUCCAAACUCAACGUGUCACAACUUCCCAGGAGGGUACAGCUGCGCAUGUAACAGUGGAUUCAGUGACACUGACCCCGGUUACCCAGGCAGACAGUGUGCAGUAUUGAUGUCGGGGAGUACCCCAGCCCCCAGCCCCUCACUCUCCGAGACGCCUGCAUUGAGAGAGACCCAGGAUACCCAGGGAAGCACUACAGUGAUCCCUCUGUCUGAGACGCCUGCAUUGAGAGAGACCCAGGACACCCAGGGAAGCACUACAGUGAUCCCUCUGUCUGAGACGCCUGCAUUGAGAGAGACCCAGGACACCCAGGGAAGCACUACAGUGAUCCCUCUGUCUGAGACGCCUGCAUUGAGAGAGACCCAGGACACCCAGGGAAGCACUACAGUGAUCCCUCUGUCGGAGACGCCUGCAUUGAGAGAGACCCAGGACACCCAGGGAAGCACUACAGUGAUCCCUCUAGCUGAAGCCAUCACAGUGUCUUGCAGGGCUCCGCACAUCACAGUCAGUGUGAAGAAAGCUUUUCUGUCCUGGAAGUCCAUUGCAGAGUCCUCCCUGUACCUUGGCACAGCGGAGUGCAACGCCAGCAGCAGCAAUGAGACACAUGUCUGGCUCAGUGCAGUGUGGGGGAAAUGUGCCACACAGUUAUUACAUAACACCAGUCACAUGACAGUGCAGACCACACUGUUCAACACUCAUGCCUCUAACAUAACGCUGCUUCCAGAGACUGUCAUUAAACUCCCAGUCAGAUGUACAUACAGCAACGAUUUCCUCAUUUCCACUGGGUACACCCCAUCAGAGAUUGAAAACCUCAAGGGGGUCAUUGAAGGAUCUGGGAGUUUUUUGGCUACCAUUCAGCUGCUCAACGGAACCGUACCCCUUCCGAAAAACUACUCCCUCUCUCCCAACGACGAUGUCUUGAUCGAAGUGGGAGUCAAUUUGGACAGCCUGCAGGUUAAAAUCAUCCUUCACGAGUGCUGGGCUACCCCAAGCAUCAGCUCUACUGAUCCAACAACCUACAUGUUUAUAAGUAACAGCUGUCCCGUCCCUAACACGUACACCACAGUGUUAGAGAACGGGAACUCCACCAGGGCCAGGGUCUCCCUGAGGGUCUUCUCCUUUGUGGAUCAGAGUGUUAUAUACCUGCACUGCCGUGUGAGAGUCUGCCUGGAGUCUGCUGGCACAUCCUGCAAGUCUAACUGUAACGUGCGUUCCUCUGGGUCUUCAGCACACAUUGAAAUAGGCCAGGCGAUGUGGGGGCCGAUCUAUAAGUCAUCUACUGAUACAACCCAGAACCCUUCUAGCCCCUAUAAUGAGACAGGCUUCAUUCUUCUGGGGGUGUUUCUGUGUGCCCUGCUGGCGGUAGUGCUCGCUGUCCUCACGUCCCUGCAUAGAAAACGAGUCGGGCACUACGACUUCAGCAUCAAGCCAAGACAAGAGAACUUCACCUACCAGGUUUUCGAUACCUAAGCGCCUCUUCAGUCGAGCAAGCCCCUGUGUGGUGGAUGUAAAUAUAGCUUGUGGCUCGACUGGAAAAUGUAGUGAUGUUUGUGAAAGUAUGUGAUUGAUAUCUGGUUCUGCAUUUUGUUUGUGAGCUGCAGUUCUUAAAGGGGGGGGUCCAGAGAAUUGUGAAUUGUGAAUGGAAGUGACUUUGCUUCCGUGUGCCUCUGUUUUAUCAUAUGUAGUACUGAUUCCUCCAGUUUAAAUGUUCUUGCAUGAUUGGGUUGUUGCUGGAUAUCUGGUAGCAUACUAGAUUAAAAGAGAAGCUGCCACUUUGCAUGCUAUACUUGCAGAUAGUCUGGUAUAUAUAUAUAUAUAUA